AUGAUGUCCCUCGAUCAGUGGGAUUGGAAGACAUCGGCUCCAGAAUUUGUUCCAGGUGUCCUUCAUGGGGUAACGUCGGGUCCUCUCGUCGGCGCGUGGGUGGCGCCCCACUCGGGAAGCUCGCCAGAGGGGCAACUCGCCAUGGGAGAUGUGCGAGCACAUUCCCCGAUGUGUGCCGCUCCUGGUGGCCCGGUGGCCAUGGGCUUCGUGGGUUGCCUCUCAGACUUUGGAGGCCACGGUGCCUGGCAGGCCGUGGGCCCCGUGGGCCCCGUGGGCCCUUGCCAGGCGCAAGGCGGCGGACCCAUGUCCGGCAUGAUGGCACCAGGUCCUUGCCCCGUGCAGGUAGAGUUCGGCGGACCUCAGCCGUACUCCGACCGGCAGGAGAUGAUGCAUCCGCUUGAAAGCGCUCCGAGCCAGCCGAGCCAGGAAGAGGACUACGCAGAGCGUAUCCGUGCCGCACAACUUCAAGCGCGCUACGAACAGCGGCUGAAGUCCAAGGACCAAGAGCUUCGGUACCUUCAAGACAGACUGAAUCGGCAGGAAGACGAGACAGCCAAAAUGCAGGCCGAGUUUGAGCGAGAUCGGCAGGGCCUGCUGUACAAUCUGAAUCAGCUAUCCCACGUUGUGGCCACCGAGCGGAAAGGGCAGACGCAGCUCCCCGGCAGAGGAAGAGAAGACAUGGCUGAAGAGGAGUUGGCAGUGCUCAGGCCAACUCCGCAUGGAUCCGACCGCGUGCUCUUGCGCCUCUGCUCUGAGGCUUCCGUCAUGGGCUCCGAGGCCUUUUGGGCGGACGAGGGCACACAGCACAGCGGGACGUCCUGCAAGGCGGAGGGUCGCCGUGAAGGAGCAACAACUUCCCGGUCGCGACUUCACAAGGAGCCCGCCGCGCCAGCAACAGGUGAUCGACGCGAUCGACCACCAGCGGUGUGGAGGCCGCCGCCGUCUAGUGGCACACUCUGGAGCGGUGACCGCUUCGAGAAAUUUGCCCGGCAGACGCCCGGGGCUUUCGAGCUGCGGGAGAAGGUAGAUGGCUCCGGCUGGACAUUGAGGCUUCGCUUCGAGGAUCUAAGCCCGCCUCUGAACGAUGAGGGCAUGCAGGUCUUCUGCAGAUGGCUCCACCAAUCCGCACUGCAGAGGAUGCGGGAGGAGAAGUUGCAGGGCCUCCGGUCGAUGCGGACGGUGGAGGCAGAGGUUUCCUUCGCUUGGAACUACAUGGGUGACGAAGCAGUUGGACGCCUGCUACAGGCUUUGCAGCGCUCGGAGCUGCGGGUGGCAACGCUGAACUUCAGUGGCAACUGCCUUGGGCCGGCUGGUGCCUCGCAUGUCUGCGACUUCCUUCAGGAAGCCAGCUUCGGAGUUCGGGAGAUCUCUUUGUCGCACAACCUGCUCGACGAGGCUGUGGUGAUGGAGCUCUUGGGCAUGCUUUCCGACCACCCCAAGUAUCCAUUGAGAAGGCAUGGCAAGGCGGAUCCGGUGAAAUUGCUGCUAAGCAACAACGGCCUCCAUGCCGCGAAGCUUCUGAAGAAGAUUGGAGGGAUUGGAGGGCUGUCCUUGCAGUCUUCUCGGACUCGUUCCGCAAGGGAUUGGCACGUCCUCAAGAACGGUGUGGACCUGCUGAAGCUCCCCGAUUUCGAGAUGCAGGAGCAAGUCCAAGAGCCUGGAUCGGAGACGGAGAGUCCUCUGGAUCGGGAUCGGGCAGAUCGGAAGCUGGAGCGAAGCAAGCCUGUCUCUCGCGUGCCCAAGAGGUCCGAAGCAUUCCGGGCAGCGCCCAGCCCCGAGGUCCGUGGCGAUGGACCAGGCGUACCUGAGCAGACGCCGGAGCCGGAUGUGCAGACGCAGACAUUGCCCAAGCAGGACGAAAAAGAGAGAGAACUUCGUCAGCGGAGUACGAGAAACACGAUCAGGUUUCCGCCUCGCUCCAAGCUGGCCUUGGAGAAAGCGGGAAGGCACUACCGCGACCGUCUGAGGAAUGGUGCAGCUGGUGCUCAUCGCAUCGAGGAACAUCCCAACGAGGAUGACGAAGACGAAGAAGUUCUAGCACCGACCCAAGCAUGUUUCGGCAACCUCUUUCGACUUGGGAGUUUGCACAGCUUUGGAGAUAAACAUCUGAAGCCGGAAAGACGCUUGAAUUGA